AUGUCCUCAACCUGCUACACACUAUCACGAGUCCCCGCCAUACAGUCUGUUUGGCACGAACACGCCCCUCGAAUUGGAUUCUCCACGCCCUUUGUGUUACAUGCACUACUAGCCAUUUCCGCGCUUCAUCUUGCGCGCUGCGAACCCCAUCGGCGUGCUGGCUGUUUCUCUCGGGCACAAUGGCACCAUGAUAUCGCCAUUCGCAGUGUUGUGCCGGCCGUUCCCUCUCUUGCAUCCGAGAAUAGUGUCGCACUUUUCUUAUUUUCGUCCCUUACAUGUAUCUUCUCCUGUGCGUGUAACCGCGAUGAGGAAAGCUUUUUGACUUUGUUCGAAGGGGGUCGACUAUGCGAUUGGGUUCGCCUAUUUCGCGGAACGAAAACCAUUAUUGAUUCCAGCAGCGAGGACUUCCGCACCGGAAAGCUCGCACCUAUCUUUCUAAAUGGCUCCCAUUCAUCAGCUGUGCGCCGUGGGCCACAGGCCAUGGUCCUGGGCCAGAUGUAUGUUUGGGAAUUAAAGAGAAUGAUUGACAAGCAAUGCUCUCACAACGAGCCACUUCUGCGAACUUAUCAAGAGACCGUAGACAAUGUUGGCCGGACGCUGGGAGUGGUUCUGAAAUUGGGCGAGGGACGGGGUCUUGAAACAGCAGACGUUUUUGCAUGGCUGCUUGAAGUAUCGGAUGAUUACUUGGACCUGUUGCGAACAUGGGAUCCCAUCGCCCUUAUCAUAUUUUCAUAUUUCUGCGUGGCUCUCCGCCAGAUUGAAUGGAUGUGGUGGAUGGAGGGACUCAGUGGGCGACUUAUGAAGCAGAUAACCUCUGUUCUUGAUGAGAAAUAUUGCAGCUGGCUGAGGUGGCCGAAAGAGCAAAUUGGAUGGGAUACUCUGGGAUCUUCAUGA